UAUCCUGUCCACUUUAUAGCAGUUACCUUUUCCUCCGGUUUCAUAAUCCUUUUAAUUUCCCUUUACAAAGACUCUCGAGAUCUAUAAAAGUUCACCCAGAUUCCCAUAUUCACUUCUCGAAACAGUUAAUUCAUCGUUUCUGUCUCCGAUUGAUCUGGUGCUCCUACCUUUUAGAUCUCUCCCUGAAGCAUUAAAUCUUGAGAAUGGAUGAUAAUGGUGAAAAAGAGGAAAAUAUCCCACGUGGGAAUGAAUGGGAAGUUGUGUCCCUAACUGCAUCUGCAUAUGCUGCCGCUCCUGGUCCAAAAGAAGUUGAAACAAAGGAUGAUAACAAGGGUGAUUCAUAUGAAGUAGGGGAAGCAGAAACUUCUCAUGCUUUAUUCAUGUCUGGUCACUUUGUCUUCCCCCCUAGCGAGCAUGAGAAUUUGCCGUUGGAACCCGAGAAUAGUAGUGAACGUGUAGGCAAGGACGUGGUCCAUGAAUUAGGUAUUGUAGAAGAAGGUGGUAGAUCUAGGACAAAGGAAGAAGAAGAAGAUUGGUCUUUGAGAGGGUUGAAUGUGCAUGAAGAAUUUUCAGGUAUGCAAUUUUUUGAUAAAAAACAUGGUACAGAGUUUGAUGAAGGAACAACACUGCAAGGACUGGAUUUGAUUGACAAGGACCAGAGUUUGUAUAGUGCUGCGACAUUUGGUUCUUUCCAUAGCGAGGAAGCACUUGGUGGAACAACCACCUUUGGUGAGGAUGCCACUGUUUCUGAACUUAUUGAAGCUUCUGAGCAAGGCUUAGGUUUUCCUUCAGAUAUCCCUCAAUCCCCAAAGCCUCAAGAUGAUAAAUGUGAUGCCUCUGACCUCCCAUGCGAAGCUUGGUGGAAGAGAAGAGCAGUUUCAUUGUAUGUUCAUGCAAAAGAGACAAAUGCAUUUUGGUCCGUUUUCAUUGCUGCAGCUGUGAUGGGCCUUGUGAUUCUUGGGCAGCGUUGGCAACAAGAGAGGUGGCAGGCAUUGCAGCUUAAGUGGCAGCUCAGCAUCAACAAUGAGAAGACUGGUAGGGUGCUCGAUUCCAUAUAUCGUCUUAAAGAAGUCAUCGUUGGUGGCCACCGUCGAGGUUCUUUUGUGAGGGGCACCUUCCCUAGCGACAGCUAAAACUUGUGAUGAUGAUGAUAAAAAAAAGCAUAGUAAGAGAGAAGUGAGAUGGAGAUUGUUUGGGUGUUAAUGUGUUGGUUUGAUGUUUGAUUAACUUAUUUGUCUUAAUCUCUCAUGAUAAGCUACAUAGCUGCUGCAUGUUGAAAGAGUAUGCAAUUUAUGUUUAUAUUGUUACCAUUGUCUGCGAUUAGAAAA